AUGCCGACCCUCCCCUCUGACACCAUCACCCUCCCUCUCCUCCCUAGGAGCUUCGCUCGCUCCACGCCUAAGAAGAUGUAUCAAACUCGCAGCGUCAUUGUCGAGAAUGUGUCUCCUCUCCGCCUGCGCGAUGACGAUGACCACAACAACAUCCACAACGAGUCCGUCGUCGAGAUCUACAACAAUUUGAGCGAGUGGAAAAAGGUUCUCCUCUGGAUUGCCGUCGCCGCUGCCGCCCUGUUCCUCAUCUCCAUCCUCAUCUGUCUGUGCCAGUGUUGCUGUCGCCGCCGCCGCGUCGUCAGGGCCACCGGCAAAGAAAUUGACAACAGCGAUGCCGCCAGCACUAUCUCCCACAUCUCAGGCCCCAUGAACGUCGCCGCCCCUCGUGGUCCUCUUGCUGGAUCUCCCGGCGACCACAACAACAUCGCCGGCGCAGCAGACCAGAUGGAGGACAUCUCUCUCAAGACACCCGCCAACCCGGGUCGCCAGUACGCGUACGGCAUGUUUGUCAACAACCAGCGCAACAUCACGGGCCUGGCUCCGCCGCAGAAGACGGCUACGUAUGGGGCGCCUUCGGAUCCUUGGAAGAGUAGCAACCCUUCGGAUCGGUUUGGUGGGCCUUCUACGUCUUACAUGAACUGA